UACACCUCCUCCGGCCACUCCCCGAUCCCCACCUCGUCUCCACCGCACGAGCAGCAGCAGCAGCAGCGGCGGCCGCAGCGCGAGCUCUCUCUCUCUCUCUCGCGGUGGGCGGCGGGAUGAAGGUGUCCGUCGUGUCCCGGAGCGGCCGGGAGGUGGUCAGGGGCGGCGUCGAGCUCAAGGACUCGGCUAAGGUCGCGGAUCUGCAGGAUGCCAUCUAUGCCAAGACUAAGAAGUAUUACCCUGCUAGGCAGCGGCUCACCCUCCCUAUCCAACCUGGAAAAUCAGGAAAGCCAGUUGUCCUUAGUGCAAAGGCCAGCCUAUCAGAAUACUGCGAAAAGGGUUCUGGAUCCCUGACAGUGGUCUUUAAGGAUUUAGGCCCACAGGUCUUCUACAGCACGCUGUUCUUCUUUGAAUACUUGGGUCCUCUUCUUAUCUACCCCAUGUUCUAUUACUUGCCUGUCUACAAAUAUUUCGGAUACGAGGGAGAGCGGGUCAUGCAUCCUGUCCAGACUUACGCCAUGUACUAUUGGUGUUUCCACUACUUCAAGAGGAUCAUGGAGACGUUCUUUGUUCACCGCUUCAGCCACGCGACUUCUCCUGUAUCAAAUGUCUUCAGGAACUGUGCCUACUACUGGACCUUUGGAGCUUACAUUGCUUACUACUGCAACCACCCGCUUUACACCCCUGUGAGUGAAUUGCAGAUGAAGAUUGGGUUUGGAUUUGGGAUUCUCUGCCAAAUUGCAAACUUUUAUUGCCAUAUCCUGCUGAGGAACCUCAGAAGUCCGAGUGGUAACGGUGGCUAUCAGAUUCCUCGUGGCUUCCUGUUCAACAUAGUGACAUGCGCAAACUAUACCACUGAGAUCUACCAAUGGCUUGGGUUCAACAUUGCCACACAGACUGUGGCAGGUUACAUCUUCCUUGUUGUGGCAGCGAGUAUCAUGACCAACUGGGCACUUGGAAAGCACCGCCGUCUAAAGAAGUUGUUCGAUGGCAAGGAAGGGAGGCCGAAGUAUCCUCGGCGAUGGGUGAUUCUUCCACCAUUCCUGUAAGGAGUUGGUGUCAGCACGAUGGCCACAUGGGAUUGAAUCUUUGGUCUGGUCUCAGUGUUCGGAAGUUGAAGCCUUCAGUGUACCACUUCUAUUCUAUGAUCUAAAAUAUCUAGUCCACAAUGGAAUCCCUCUUAGCUAUUGUUGAACUUCUCUUUGAGUUUGCAUUGGCCCUGUUGUAAUGGUUAAAUACAAUACAAGUUUCAUCUGAUAUCAGCUUAUUGACUUCUUGUCCAUUUGUCCAAGCAGUAGUAAUGCGAUCAUAAUUUCAUUUUGACGCC